AAGGCAAAAAAGAUUGUCGUCCUCUCUCCGGCAAACACACAGAUCAGCACGAACGACGGUGAAUUGGCGACUUUUUUUCCCCUCUUCAAUUGGUGGCCAUCGAAGUGUAGUGUAGUGUGUAGUUUAGGUGAAGAAAAAACCAAGUUGUUGUAAAACUUGGCUAGUUCCAGGGAGCUUGUCACCCCACAAUGCCAGUGGCCACCGCGGGCAGCAAAAAGUGCAUCGGCAGCAGCAAACUGUGGUGAGGCCCCCGCAAGGACGACUGGGUCGGAGAGGACUACGCCACCACCGAGACCUUCCCCCCGAAAGCCGUCAAUGAUCAGAGUGUCUGGGGUUAAUUCCUCUGAUUAAGAGCGAAGCCAACCUCGACGAAGGUGUCUGAUUAUCACAUCACUAAACAAAAAAGGUGCGGAAGUGAGCAAAAGAAGGUGAAUUUCGGGGUGUUACAACAACCGCGGACACAAGUGAGGCCAGCGGUUGGCCCAGAUUCUUCCCCCGUAGGAGACGACAUCGGAGAAGCAAGCAGCAGGAAGAAGGGGGAAAACACACAGAAACUAUGCUCAAGUCCAACCAGCCAUCGUUCGAGGAGAAAUGGCCCCAGAUGCGGCCGAUCGUGCUGAAGCUGCUCAAGCAGGAACCGGUCACGCACUCCGAGUGGCAGGAGCUGUUCUACGCGGUGCAUCUGGUGUGCCUGUGGGAUGACAAGGGUCCGACCAAGAUCCACGACUGCCUCCAGGAGGACAUCGUCACGUUCAUCAAGCAGGCCCAGAGCCGGGUGUUGGCCCAGCGCGAGGAGCAAGCCCUGCUCAAGGCGUACAUCGUCGAGUGGCGCAAGUUCUUCACCCAGAGUGGCUACCUGCCGCUUCCGUUUUGGCAGCUGGAGAACGCACUUCAGUUGAGCGUUGGUUCUUGGUUCCAGGGCAAGAGUCAGUCUUCCAGCCACAACUCGAGCAGCAGUUCGUCGAAAAAGUCCAACCACUCGGACGACAGCAUCGUGCGGAAGUUGAUGCUGGACUCGUGGAACCAGAGCAUCUUCAUGAACAUCAAGCACCGGCUGCAGGACUCGGCGAUGAAGUUGGUGCACGCGGAACGGAACGGCGAAGCGUUCGACUCGCAGCUGGUCAUUGGCGUACGCGAGAGUUACGUGAAUCUGUGCUCCAACACCGAGGACAAGCUGGAGAUUUACCGGGAAAACUUUGAGGCGGCGUACUUGCAGGCGACUUCGGCGUUCUACCGGUUAAAAGCGAGCGAGCAGCUGCAGGCGGACGGAGUCAAGAGCUUCAUGGAGUAUGCGGAUGCGAAGUUGCGCGAGGAGGAAGCGCGUGCCGAGCGGUACCUGGAACCGGGUAGCAUUACCGCGUUGGCUCAGUGCUGCGUAACGGUGCUGAUCGGAGACCAUCUGCCGACGCUGCUGGCCGAAUGCGCACCACUGAUUGAAGCCCGCGAAACCGAACGACUGCAGCUGAUGUUCCGCCUGUUGGACCGCGUUGCGGGUGGCGUUGACCCGAUGCUGCGUGACCUGGAGAACCACAUCGUGCAGGCUGGGCUGGCCGACAUGCUGGCCGCCGCCGACGUCAUCACGCAAGACUCGGAAAAGUACGUCGAACGGCUGCUGGAGCUGUUCCGUCGCUUCAGCAAUCUCGUCAAGGAAGCCUUCAACGACGAUCCACGGUUCCUGACGGCCCGCGACAAGGCGUUCAAAACGGUCGUCAACGACAUCAGCGUGUUCAAGCUGGAGCUGCCGACGACGGCGACGGCGAUGGCCCGCGGCAUCAAGUCCGCCACGCCCGAGUCCAAAUGCCCCGAGCUGCUCGCCAACUAUUGUGAUAUGCUGCUGCGGCGGACACCGUUCAGCAAGCGACUCACCACGGAGGAGAUUGAACUGCGCCUCAAGGACGUACUGCUGGUGCUCAAGUACGUCAGCAAUAAGGACGUCUUCAUGCGGUAUCACAAGGCGCAUCUCACGCGAAGAUUGAUUCUCGACUCGAGCGCCGACAGCGAAAAGGAAGAGGACAUGGUCGAAUGGUUGCGCGAGGUCGGCAUGCCGGCGGACUACGUCAACAAGCUCGCUCGAAUGUUCCAGGAUAUUAAGGUUAGUGAAGAUCUGAACACGCAGUUCCGGGCGCAGACGACCCGGCACGACGCCAUCAACAUCAAGAUUCUCAACGCCGGUGCGUGGGCCCGCGGUUCCGAGCGGGUCUCGGUCAGCUUGCCGCUCGAGCUGGAGGAUUACAUCCCCGAGGUGGAGGACUUUUACAAGAAGAAACAUUCCGGCCGGAAGCUGCUGUGGUAUCACCACAUGAGCAACGGAACCAUCACAUUCGCCAACAACUCGGGCCGGUUCGACCUGGACGUGACCACGUUCCAGAUGGCGGUCCUGUUCGCGUGGAACCAGCGCCCAAAUGAGAAGGUAUCCUAUGAGAAUCUGCGCCUCGCGACCGAACUGCCCGAUCCGGAGCUGCGGCGGACGCUGUGGUCGCUGGUGGCCUUCCCGAAGCUCAAGCGUCAGCUGUUACUGCACGAGCCGGCCGUCGGCAAUCCGAAGGACUUUGCCGAGAACACGCUGUUCUGGAUCAACCAGGAGUUUGCGCUGGUCAAGAAUGGGAAGCCGCAGCGCCGGGGCAAGGUGAAUCUCGUUGGACGGCUGCAGCUGAGCACCGAGCGGUCCCAGCAGGAGGACAAUCAGUCGAUCGUGCAGCUGCGGAUAUUGCGCACCCAGGAGGCCAUCAUCAAGAUCAUGAAGAUGCGGAAACGACUGAGCAAUGCCGCGUUGCAGGCCGAACUGGUGGACAUCCUGAAGAACAUGUUCCUGCCCUCGAAGAAGAUGAUCAAGGAGCAGCUCGAGUGGCUGAUAGAGCACAAGUACAUGCGGCGGGACGACGAGGACAUCAACACGUUUAUUUACAUGGCUUAAGGUGGGGGAGGGAAGAGUGAGGGAACGCGUGAGUCUGCAGGGCGGUGCAAACAUGCGGAAUUGAGUUUACAUCUUAUCUUGUUGAGCGAUAUUAAACUUGUGGUGGAAAACACAAAAUAAACCAUACUAAUUUUAAGAAACAUCCAGA